UUUUUGGCGUUUCGCUGCUGGUGAUUUUGAUAUUCUAUUCCAUUCUCAACAAAAACAGCAAUUCGUGAUAGAAAUGUGCUCAAAAAUGUUAUUAUUCGGUCAAUAUUCGUACUUUAAUUGUUAUUCCAAGUUAUGUUGAAUAGGUGAACUUGUUUACGGAUGGUCAUUAAACUCUCAUCCGAGUAAAUGACGAAAGACAAACCCAAAAGAAUCUCAAAGAUGGUGAGCAAAUCGUUUCUUUGGGGCGUAAUUGCCGCAUCGCUAACCUGGUCGGUUAGCUUGUAUCUCUACUGGAGCUUGAGUAGUGGCUCCACAUCUGUUGCUUCCAUACCCACUGGUGCUGGGCUCCGCGGCCAUGGAGAUAGUGGCAAUUCUUUGGCCGUGAUAGGCCCUGUGGAACAGACAGAGGAAGUGGAAAAGAAAAUGAUGUUCCAAAACGGUCACCAGAACAAUCUGGUGGGACUGGAUCCGUUAGAAGGAAAGACAGACACCGGGAAGAGCUUUAGCUUUUUCAAAGAUAAAUAUAACCGGUAUCGGAAGGAGCAGGAGUUUAGAAAGAUAAGCCACAAACUAAUGGAUGAGCUGCAGCCAAUAAUGCCAAAUGGAACAGACGAAUUUGGCAUGGUGCGGAAUUCCGAAGAGCAAUUCAUCAGAGAUGUUGGCUACAGGAAGCACGCGUUCAAUGUGCUGGUUAGCAAUAAGAUCGGUCCGUUUCGAGGGGUGCCCGAUACGAGACAUAAAUUGUAAGUAUAGCUGAUGAAAUGAGG